AUGUCUGAAUCUAGAGGUUUGGUUCGUGCUUUGGGUAUGACUGCCGCCGUUGCAGUUGCAUCUUUUACCGGCUAUGCACUAUAUUUUGAUCAUAAAAGAAGAUCAGAUCCUCAAUUUAGAAGAGAAUUGAAGAAUAGAGUAAAAAAGCAAAGACAACAGGAAAAAUUGAAUAAAGAAGCUGAACAGAAACUCAAAGUUCAAAAGGUAACAGAUUUUUUGACUGAAGAAUUGGUUAAAGAUCCAGUAUCAACUGAUCCAAGUCAAAGAGAAACUGUCUUCACUUCUAAUAUCGAACAGGGUGAACGUCUUUCCAUGAUUCCAGGUAACGAAAUGGAAGCUGCAGCUAAAUUUUACAAAGCUUUAACCGUUUAUCCAAAUCCUGCAGAUUUAUUGGGCAUUUAUCAAAGAAGUGUUCCUGAUAAUGUCUAUGAAUUUAUCGUUUUGAUGAUCGCAGUGCUUCCACCCACUAAUGUAUCCUCUUUUUUAAAUGGUGGGGCUUCAAAAAAUGAACCUCCUAUCAUUUCCGAGAUUGAUGAAUGA